AUGACCAUCACGGAGUACAUUGGAGCCUUAUCCGAUAACCCGUACUUCGGGGCCGGUUUCGGCCUGUUCGGUCUCGGUGCCGGUGCUGCAAUGUUACGUAAAGGACUGCAAGGAGGGUUAAUUUUGUUCCGCCGGCAUUACAUGAUCACUCUUGAGGUACCCUGUCGGGAUAAAUCUUAUCAGUGGUUGCUGCAAUGGAUCACCCAGAAAGGAGCCAGACAUACCCAACAUCUCAGCGUGGAGACUUCGUUCGAACAACGAGACACAGGCCAUGUUAAAACAAAGUACGAUUUUAUACCAUCAAUUGGAACACACAUUAUGCGCUACGGUGGUACCUGGAUCAAAGUCGAUCGGGCGCGGGAACAGCACACACUCGAUCUGCAUAUGGGAGUUCCUUGGGAGACAGUGCAACUAACUGCGUUUGGAAGAGAUAAAAAUUUGUACUUUAGAAUUCUGGAAGAAGCAAGACACCUGGCCCUCAAAAACACCGAAGGUAAAACCAUAAUGUACACUGCCAUGGGAUCUGAAUGGCGGCCAUUCGGCCAUCCACGAAAGCGACGCCCUAUAAAAUCGGUUGUUCUAGAUACCGGUGUAUCGGAUCGUAUUCUACACGAUUGUCGCGAGUUUAUACGGAAUCCUAAAUGGUACGACGAUCGAGGGAUUCCCUACCGCAGAGGCUAUCUUCUGCAUGGGCCACCUGGCUGUGGUAAAUCAAGUUUCAUCACUGCAUUGGCAGGAGAAAUUGAAUUUGGCAUUUGUCUGCUGAACUUAUCGGAACGGGGACUGACUGACGAUCGAUUGAACCACCUAAUGAAUGUUGCACCCCAGCAAUCGAUUAUUCUGCUGGAGGACAUUGAUGCAGCGUUCCUUUCACGCGAGGAUACCAAGCAGCAAAAGGCUGCUUACGAAGGACUAAAUCGGGUUACGUUCAGUGGUUUACUGAACUGUCUCGACGGUGUAGCUUCCACCGAGGCGAGGAUCGUAUUCAUGACAACCAACUAUUUGGAUCGAUUGGAUCCCGCAUUGAUUCGGCCGGGACGUGUGGAUGUUAAGGAAUACGUGGGAUACUGCAGCAGACACCAGCUCGAGGAAAUGUUUUUGCGUUUCUACACCAACGAAGAAGGUGCGAUUAAUGCGAAAAUUUUUGCGGAUAGCGUUCUGAAAACCGGCAAGGAUGUAAGUCCCGCGCAGAUUCAGGGAUACUUUAUGAUUCACAAAAUGUCCGAUCAGCGAACGGUGCUGGAUAAUGUGGCCCAUAUAUGGGAAAAUUAGCGAUCGUUCUCGUGUAGUUUGUUUGGUGAGGCUGAAAGUGUAGACUGAUGUUGAAUAAACUGCGAGAACGCCAUUGAGCAAAGUAUCUGUUUAUGAGCAACUUGGUCGUUAGUUUUAGUAGCUAUAUCUUUACACAUAAAUUAAAUGUACUACGUUUUACAACAAGAACAGAACGUUUUAUGUUUUUUUUGCAU